UAUGCUCGUUCUAUAGGUUCUCAUGAUUCCUUCAGCUUCUGGGUGGAUGAGCAAGCUCCAGUCGGUCCAGACCAGAAAGCAUAUGUGAAGCACCUGGUUGCGAUAUUUCGCUUUCUGGCCAAGAAGGUGAUGAAGAAGUGGUCCAUGACCCAGAACCUCACCUUCAGGGAACAGCUUGAGGGAGGAAUACGCUAUUUCGACCUGCGUGUUUCCUCCAAACCGGGAGAACCAGGACACGAGAUAUACUUUAUCCAUGGGCUGUUUGGACACAAAGUACGUGAUGGCCUUAAUGACAUUAACAAUUUUUUGACCAUACACAAGAAAGAGGUUGUUUUUUUAGACUUCAACCAUCAUUAUGCAAUGAGCGAGGAGCAUCAUCAUUACCUAAUCAAGAUGCUGAAGGACGUGUUUGGUCACAAGCUCUGCAGGAUUGACGUGGUGGAGGAAAUUACUCUGAACUAUCUGUGGGACAACAGGUACCAGGUCCUAGUGUUCUACCACCAUCCAUCUGCUGAGAGCUGUCCUGUGAUGUGGCCUGGUUGUAAAAUUCCCGCCCCCUGGGCCAAUACCACAGACGCCUCCAAGCUCAUCCAGUUCCUGGAGACGACUCUGGGUGAACGAGCCAAAUACGGCAGCUUUCAUGUGUCUCAAGCCAUUUUAACCCCACGUGUCAAGACCAUCGCCAGGGGCCUGGUACGGGGGCUAAGAAACUACCUGGUGGAGAAGUGA